UGACAUCAAAGCAGAAGUGGAGCUCCUUUCGCAUACUCAACAGGCUGGGGUCGUUCGUGGAUCUUUAAGAAUUUGGUACAUAGUUGCAUUGUCAGCGGGAGAUGUCAUUCGAAGGCCGGGAUGGCGAGUGGGGCUUGCAUGGAACGGCAAAAAAGAAAAGAGAGAGAUUCUCUGGUUUCGACUUGCUUUAAAAAACUGAUCUAUCUCGGUUUCUACCAUGUGCCAACUUCCAACUUUUCCCCCAUCAACCGGGGGAGGAAUUGCAUCAUCCCCAGAAUUUCUAAGCCAAUCCUGACGUCCUGAGCCCGUCCAUAUUUUCGUAAGCUCGCUGAUGGCCGUAACACACACAAAAAAGAACUCUUCGAGGCAGCUUUGGAGGGGUAUAUAACCUGAUCGUUUUUCAACGACUGAAUAUAUGCGUUUGAUAUAAACUAUCUGUCUGUUGCUGUCUCGUUCCCCCUCUUCUCGUUUUAUACGCCCCUGGUCGGUCGCUGAUAAUUGAGCCGUCAGCUUUUCCAUUCGACUUUCCAUCCCGAUAUAUAUAUAUUCGAUUUGCCAACUGGCUCGGCGAACAGCGAGAUGGGCUCCGCUCUUGAUCAGAAAGAUGGCGACCUACAACCUCCAGCAUAUACCGAAAAUGCAAUACCUAAAGACCCCGAAACCGCACGUAUAGAAACAGCUCGAGAUGUAGCAGAAAGAGGCCAAGCUGCUACGGACCAGUAAAUAUAUCCAUCCAAUUUUCAAGAAAGGGUUGUUUUUGUCUUUUCUUUCUCACUUUACGCGGGUGACGUAUAUAGUUACGGGCGCUCGCUGGUACAAUUUGACCGAGCUGCCGAAGCCAGACUUCUCUGGAAGAUCGAUUUGUUUAUCGUCCCUACCGUCGCUCUUCUGUACCUUUUCUGCUUCAUUGAUCGCGCAAAUAUAGGCAAUGCGAAGCUCGCAGGCCUGGAGAGAGACCUUAACCUGAAAAACUAUGACUAUAAUACGGUGCUCUCGAUAUUUUACGUCUCUUACAUCGUUUUCGAAAUCCCGUCCAACAUGGCCUGCAAAUGGAUAGGUCCCGGAUGGUACAUACCAGCUAUCUCGCUAGGUUUCGGAAUCACUUCCGUAGCCACUGCUUUUGUGAAUAACAUCCAUGAAAUCUGUGGUGUUCGUUUUGUCCUUGGUAUUUUUGAGGCCGGCAUGCUACCGGGGAUUGCCUACUACAUGUCCAGGUGGUACCGGAGAAGCGAAUUGACAUUCCGCUUGUCUCUAUACAUCGUAAUGGCUCCCCUUGCCGGCGCCUUUGGUGGACUUCUUGCCUCUGCGAUUCUGAAAUUAUCCAACUUCGGUAGCCUUCAUGAAUGGAGGAUGAUAUUUGCAAUAGAGGGCAUCAUCACAUGCGGAGUCUCUCUGAUUAGCUUCGUUACUUUGACUGACCGCCCGGCGACUGCUUUUUGGCUUACCCAGGAGGAGAAAGAUCUCGCCAUCGCCCGUGUCAAAUCAGAGCGUGUCGGAGCCACUGAGGUCUUGGACAAGUUGGACACCCGCAAAACCCUGCUUGGAAUUUUCGGCCCUGUCACUAUGGUCACCGCAUUUAUAUUCCUUCUGAACAAUAUUACCGUUCAAGGCCUUGCAUUCUUCGCCCCAACAAUUGUCAAAACAAUAUAUCCUGACGACAGCGUCGUAUCCCAGCAACUCCAUACCGUGCCUCCUUACGUCGUCGGGGGAUUCUUUACUGUCCUUUUCCCUUUCCUCAGCUGGAAAUUCAACCGCCGAUUGAUAUUUUUCAUCCUCAGUGCACCAUUGGUGAUGAUUGGGUACAUCAUGUUCCUUGCCAGCGACGACUCUAAAGUUAGAUAUGGUGCGACUUUCGUCAUCGCCAGUGGUGCAUUUUCGCUCGGCGCUCUUUCCAACGCCAGUGUUUCUGCAAACGUCGUUUCAGACACGGCUAGGUCCUCUGCAAUCGGCACAAACGUUAUGUUUGGUAACAUCGGUGGGUUGAUAUCAACGUGGUCGUUCCUGCCUUUCGAUUCUCCGGACUAUCAUAUCGGCAACGGCCUCAACUUAGCCACGUCGUCAACUAUUCUUAUUUGUUCUAUCGCUUUGGUCUUUUGGAUGCACUUGGAUAAUAAGAAAAGGGAUAAGGAAAAUGUGGAAGUAAAACUAGCAGGUCUCAGUCAAACGCAGAUACAGAACCUUGACUGGCGCCAUCCUGGUUUCCGAUGGAAGACAUAAGUUCGUUUCCUAUGUAAACUAUACCAGUGAGCAGCUAACUAGCCUUAGGGGCAGUGAGUUUUCUUCUUUUUCUCAACAUUGGAUACCCAUGGUUCUAUAUUUUUGCUGCACAUAUCAUAUUAUUACUAUUUAAAAAUUAACCUCUAAAUCUCCUAUUUUGUUGGAAUUUCCUGGAAAGAUUCGAUCAAACCAAAUAUUUAUUCAUUACUCCGUACUCAUAUUCUAAUUAGGUUGCCACGCUCUCUUCUCAUUUUUCUCUGAAACACUGAAAAUCUGCCUUUCAUUCCUGCAACACUAUCAAAAUCCAAAUAAUAAACCCUUCCCUGACAGCUUGCAUACACCUCAAUUCAUCCGCCGAAGUUCACCUCCUACGGGCAUGGCUGCCCGUUUGUAUUCCCGCAAUAAUUCGUAUCCUCACAUUUACUCCCACAACCAUAAUCGGUAUAAGUUGUUGGAGUAUUCUGUUCCCACGAGCGCAUACACUCCGUCACGUCGCCAUCACCCCAAUUGCAUCGCUUUCGCUCAUACCCCAUUGUGCGAACCAUCUGCUGCUGGGUCCACACAGUAUGACAACCCUUGUCAUUCCAGGUACAUGUCGUCGUCGAGGAUGCAGUGUAGCAUUCUGAGUCCUCGAUGGAUGAGGAAAACUCCACGGCAGAACUUAGCCCGGGCACGAUACCCUUGGACACGGCAACGUCUAUUUUCCACCCUAUUGAGACGCUGACUGUUUCACUGCGUGAUUGGCAUACUUGGGUCCCGUUAAGGUGUGAGGUAGAGCACAACUGGGUGCCCGUGCAGUAAAUGUUGCCGGAAGAUUUGACCCAGGGUUUGUACCUAAAAAUUUUGAUAUUUUUGUCAGCAUUGCCCUGUCUAUAAUGGGUAUCAGUGGAUGGAGCGCAUAUUAUUACCACACACUCGCUUCUACAGCGAAGUAGUCAUGCCAGCAUUUGCGCACUCUGGGGAACUUAUAUGGACGUGAAAUCUUGUCGGAUUCGAUGUAUACGCCUUGUCCGUCCUGGUAGGGUCCGUCGUAAUCACGGUCGCUAUCACAUUCUUUCACGCCACGCUUUGCCAGCACCGAGCGAGUCGAUGAUGUCGGCAUGGCAAGGCCAUCCUGAAUGAGGCCAAAAACUGCGAACGCGGCAGAAAGGAUAAAUGAGGUCCGCAUGGCUGCUUGUUUCUCAGAUUGAUAGAAGGUGGGUUGUCUUCGUGAGCUUGCGAACGAAGUAAAUGGAGGAUCGCUGUGAUUGAACUAACUAUCCUUGGUCGUUUCUUUCUUGCUUGUCUCGCCUGGAUCAUGAGAGUUCAACAAAAAAAAAAUACUCUCCAUUACCAAGGGGAGUGAGGACUUUUUAUAUUCCAAUCGAACCAUCUCCCUCCGCCUCCCAUUUGCUAUCAAAACUCGAGCUUCAGCCUUUCUCAACACUUCCUUCCUCUUCACCAUUCUCUAUACAUCCCUUGAGGCUCCCAGCGAGUAAUGUUCAUCACGAAAAUGGUAGGGGCAGUAAAAUGUAAGCCCGGUGAAAGCCAAUUCCAAAAUUAGACCUAUGUCCCGUUUGGUAAAUAGCGUCUUCAGACUUCAACCCCCUAAAUAAAACGUUCAGCCGGUCGAUUGGCCGGGCUGCACGGUAUUUAAAAAUAUAAACCUGCAGACUAUAAGCAGUCAGGGUAGGGGGAUCGUAGAUCGGCAGUCCGAGAGGGCACGUGGAGGGUUCGGGGUGCAUUUGAGUCCAGAAUACUUCGUCUACUUCGCAAAUGGUUCUCCAGCCUUUUAGCCCCCAUGCAGAAUAGGUUUUGUCGCAGUCAAGAGGAUUUACUAGAAGCGGAAUAGACCGUGGUUUGUUACGUUUCUCCUGCAUAAUUCUUCUGCCCUGUUUCACGGGUGCUGCGUACUAGUAGAUUUUGUUUCUUUUUCUUUUUCUUUU